AUGAAAAACUCGUUAGAAAGCCCUGAACCGGAGAACAACAGCAAUGCUGACCCAAGUGAUACUUUACCUCCCCUUAUGUCAAAUCUAGAGAUAGAAAAGAAAACGGAAGAAUCUCCUCGACGGCAGCAGGAGGGAGAGCAUGAUCCGAUCAAGCAUGCCAAUUCUAUUCUUGCUUUUUUCCAUGAUGCUAUUGAAGACUUAGUGUAG